CCGCAGCAACCGGAUUGGUAGCAGCGUGCGUUACCCGUGGAGGUCAGACUGCAUCCAUGAUGUCCCAUCUGUACCCCACUGUCCUGCUCUGUGCCUACGGCUUCUUCUCGAACCUGCGGCCUCUGGAGCCUUUCCUCACCGCCUUCCUGCUGGGCCCGGACAAGAACCUGACGGAGAAGGAGGUGGUGAAUGAGAUCUAUCCGAUAUGGACGUACUCCUACCUGGUGCUGCUGUUCCCUGUCUUCCUGGCUACAGACUACCUCUGUUACAAGCCCGUGUUGGUCCUACAGGCCGCCAGCCUGGUAGUGACCUACGCCAUGCUGUGGAAGGCACAGGGCAAGCUGGCCAUGCAGUUCCUGGAGUUCUUCUUUGGGUUAGCCACUGCCUCAGAUGUAGCCUACUACUCCUACAUCUACAGCGUGGUGGAUCCGGCUCAGUACCAGAGGAUGACUGGUUUCUGCCGCAGUGCCACGCUGUUCGGAUCUGCUGCCGGGUGUCUGAUCGGGCAGCUCCUGCUGUCCGUGGCCAAAGCUGAGCUGCUGCACCUCGUCUUCAUCACGCUGGCGUCGGCAGCCGUGGCCUUUGUUGCCCCCUGGUUUCUCCCCAUGCCCAAGAGGAGUCUCUUCUUCCACAAAAGUCUGGGAGUGGCCUCAGACGAGCAGAGAAGGAGCAGCAAAUCCUCCCUAGAGAAGUUGGAGGACGCAGAGGUCAAAGCUCCCCUGAACACCAAAAGCUCAUCGGUCUCCAGAUCGUCUGAGGCAGCAGAUCAGAACGUGGGUCUGGUCCGGGUGCUGAAGAUCCUGUUUGAAGACUUUGUGCAGUGCUACAAAUGUCGGCCUUUACUGGCGUGGUCGCUGUGGUGGGCGCUGGCAACGUGCGGAUACUUCCAGAUCAUCAACUAUGCUCAGCCGCUGUGGGAGACCGUCCGCCCAUCCCAGGACUACGAGAUCUACAACGGCUACGUGGAGCUGCUCUCCACACUGCUCGGGGCUCUGGCCGCCCUGCUGGUGGGCUGCCUGCCGGUGUCCUGGUCCGUGUGGGGUGAGCUGCUGCUGUGUGUGCUCUCCCUGCUGAUGGCUGUGUGUGUGUUCGUCAUGAACAUGCUGAAGAACAUCUGGGUUUGCUACAGCUGCUACGUCCUCUUCAGAACCACCUACAUGCUUCUCAUCACCGUGGCCACGUAUCAGAUCGCAGCGAGCCUCAGCGUGCAGCGCUACGCUCUGGUGUUCGGGGUCAACACCUUCGUGGCUCUGCUGCUGCAGUCUCUGCUCACGCUGGUUGUGGUGGACUCUGCCGGCCUCGGCCUCGACAUCUUCCCCCAGUUCAUCGUCUACGGCGUUUAUUUCGCCGUCAUCGCUGGGAUCUUCUUCCUAGCUUGGUCCUACAAGCUGGCCUCCAGGAGGCGGUCUGAGCAGGAGGUCCAGAUGAACGGAGCAGCUCCUCCCGAGGCAGACCGUCCUCCUGACACUCCCAUCUGAAGACACGUCAGGGCUUUGAGUCGGUGAGUGAGCAGGUCAAGGCCAGCACACUUCACCACCAAGAGCCAAACUGAAAGAAUGUUCAUUCACCCUUCAAAAUCAAUCAGCUUUUAUGCUUUGUAAACCAAAACUGUAGUUGAAUUUGCAAGGAUGCACAGUUUGUAUAGACAACAUCAGAAACAGUUUUAUUGAUUUAAGAAAAAGACUACUCCUGUAAAGGCCCAUUUUACCAGAUUUUCUGGAUUAUAAAUCCAUUUUUUCUCAUUUGAAAUGUCAGGUGACCAGGAUUAGGAAUCAGCAUCUCACAGUCUCGUGAUACUUACCAUGGGUGGCCACUAGAUGUCACCAUAAAUGUAAUCAAAUAUUAAAUGGACUACACUUACAUAGUGCUUUCUAAGCUGUUGUCACACACACAUGCACACACCAGUGGAGGCGUCUGCCAUGCGAGGCGCUCAGUCCAUCCGCUGGGAGCAAUUUGGGGUUUAGGAUCUUGCCCAAGGACACUCUGACAUGAGGACAGGGGGACAUGGGAGUCGAACCAGCAACCCCCCGAUUGUGAGACAACCCCUCUUCCAGCCAGGUCACAGCCAAAACAAAACAAUAUUAACAAUCAGCCGGCUGAGAUUGUUUUGUUUAUUUGAAUUGUGGGAGAAUCAGCAUCCAUUUGAAGGAAUCAGCUCAGGAGGGUUCAUGUAACCAUGAUUAGUGGUUCCAGGUUAAAGUUGGUGAAGAGGUUGUAAAGGUUGCAGACCUCUGAACCGGGCUCGAUGUGUCACCUGCUCUUAUUCAAACACUCUGCUUAACAUCACAAGAGGACAGAAGAACCGUACAUGCAGCUUCAGCGAUGGCCAAGUCACCGUCCGGUCAUCCUUUCGUGGGAUUAUUUAUUGUAUGGGGGGUAAAUGAUAUUGCACUGAGCGUUUGGGAUUAUUGACCUUUAUGGGUCAGUGGCCAUUUGUUGUUAUUAAUUGUGCUGCUGUAGCUGUACUAUGUUGUUUUAAAGACACUGAAACCUUCCAGAAGGUCUUAUGUCAUGUGAGGCUGAGGAAACAUGCUGUUUAAAAUUCUAAACAUAAAUGACACGAAUACACAGCAUUCCAUUAGUUCUGUUUUUAUGUGAAAGUUGGUGACUCCUGUCCUGUAAUACCCAUUUGUACCACAGGAGGGUGUAAUGAGUCACUUUGCCUUAAAGUCACACAUGUAACUCCAAACAUCUCCUUUUGCUUGCUUGUGUUGUUUACACUGAGCUGGGUUGCUGUUGGAAAGGUUUGGACCACAUGCACUGCAGGUGCUGACAGAUAUGUGGUUAUUAAUAAAGCUCAACAGCGCCCUCCAAUGGUGGUAUUACAAGACUGCUCCACAGUUUUCCUUUUUUUUGUUUUUUUUAAAGAUUAUUUUUGAAACUUGAAUGUCUUGCGUGCUUUUGAGCUCAACAGUUUGGCUCCUUAUGCCUGUCCAUGAACUUCAUUAAGACUGAGUGAUGAGUGGGACGGUUCAGGAAGUAGCAAAGUGUAUUUAUGAAGUGCUUUUCACAGAUGAAAUCACAAAGAGCUGAACAGAACAAGGUUCAGGGAAAAAUUACCAGAAGAAAAGUCAAAUAUCAAUCAAAAAUCAAAUGUAUAUAUUUUUUUCUCAAUGCUGUAAAGCCAAAACAAUCAUAGCUCAUUGGCUUCAGAAGUCUGCACCAUAAAAUGUGAGACAAAACAUGAUUAAAGUUUGUCCAGUCAACAGUUUGUGUUGAUUUCUGCUAAAGCAGGGGGAGAUUUUCAGUUUGACAUUUGGAUCAUUCAUGGGUAUUUAGGGCAGCUUGAUGGUGCACAGGGGUGUGUUUGUUUUUGCUGUGGGAUUUACCAGAUAUGUGAUAAAUACUUUGGUUUUCAAUAGGGACCUAUGGGGGGCUUAUAUUUUUCAUUGUUCGGCCUUUGAAAGUAAAUCUGUCCCCUUCUAUGAAAUGUUUUUUUGUUUUCUGAACCAAAUGUGAUUAAUGUGAUUUCUUUGAAGACAACUUUAAGGUCUGAUAACAAAUUAGUAAAAAAGUUUUGAAUAAGGUUUUAAAGAAUUAAAAAUGGUUUGUUUUUUUCCUGUGAAGAGAAAACACUGGAAGCAUUUAGAUUAUGGUGUAACUGCUAAAAACUGAGAAGAAUUAAUGUUUCAGUCUAAAAAUAAAGUUCUGCAGUCAGUGUUUUCUGAAAAUUUGAAUGUAAAUGAAAGUAUUUAUGGUUUUUAUUCAAUUGUUUGGGGUAAAAAAAACCAACCCUGAGGUCUUUUCUUCUUUUCUCCUCACUGACCCAUAUGGAGAUUUCUUGCACAUAUAAAGAUGGUUAUAUUUUUAAAAAAGAGUAAAUCAUGGUUGAAUAAUAACUUCGAGUGUUUUGGUUACAGAGUGCUUCAAUCUCCUUUUUUCCUUUUGUGGUGUUCUUAUUUUGCCUGUUGUUUGAUUUCAUUUGCUCUGUUUUCUGUUCAUAAAUUGUAGUUUACCUCAAAGUCUGACCGCACACAGCUCGUAGCACUUAUCAAGUUCUUUUGUUGGUAUCUAUGCAAUAUCAAAGAAAUGAACUAUUUUGCCUUAGAUUUCUGUCAUACUGUAUAUUUUUUAUUGUACAUUUUGUUUUUAAGGGAAACUUUUGAAUAAAUUACAGAAACAUUC